AUGUGGAAGAGAGAAAGUGAGAACGGUAUGGACAGCGUCACCACAAUGGAGACAGAAAGACAGUAAGCAAAGAAAGAUAGAGAUGGAAAAAGGGUAGAAGGCUGAUAGAUAGAUGACCCACCUCUUCUGUGACAGGAAUAUCUAGUGACACAGUGCUUGUGCCGUUCUACGCUCCACUAUCUAUGAUUACGGGCCUCCCACCUAGCCCCCAGCCAUCCCACAUCCACUCAUGCGUGGCCUGUACACUCUAUAGAAAAAAUAGGAUCUUACAGGCUUUUUCAAUGAACUUUUUAAGUGGAGGGAGAUGGGGAGGGAGGAGAGACAAGGGAAGAGCCCUUGUUUGGCUAUAAGGUGACAGUUUCUCUGUUAUUGUAGCCCAGGGAAGUUGAGACAAUGGUAUUAAUACACAAUGAUAUUAGAAAAUGUAUUUAACAAGCUAUGCCACCUGGACAUUGCACCUAUUAAACAUUUGUGUGUAAAGCCACAUUUCAGUUUAUUGGUCGCGUAGACAGAUUUGAUGAUUUUAUCACAGGUGCAGCGAAAUGCUUGUGUUUCUAGCUCCAACAGUGCAGUGAUAAUACAGAGAAAACAAUACAAAACAAUACGCACAUAAUCCAAAAGUAAAAAGAAAGAAAUGAAGAAAUAUCAGAACAAGCAAUGUCAGAGUCCAGAAUAUAGAUAUAAUUUAUAUACAGUACCAGUCAAAGGUUUGGACACACCUACUCAUUCAAUGGUUUGUCUUUAUUUUUACUAUUUUCUACAUUGUAGAAUAAUAAUGAAGACAUCAAAACUAUGAAAUAACACAUAUGGAAUCAUGUAGUAACUAACAAAGUGUUAAACAAAUCAAAAUAUAUUUUAUAUUUGAGAUUCUUCAAAUAGCCACCCUUUGCCUUGAUGACAGCUUUGCACACUCUUGGCAUUCUCUCAACCAGCUUCAUGAGGAAUGCUUUUCCAACAGUUUUGAAGGAGUUCCCACAUAUGCUGACUACUUGUUGGCUGCUUUUCCUUCACUCUGCGGUCCAACUCAUCCCAAACCAUCUCAAUUGGGUUGAAGUCGGGUGAUUGUGGAGGCCAGGUCAUCUGAUGCAGCACUCCAUCACUCUCCUUCUUGGACAAAUAGACGUUACACAGCCUGGAGGUGUGUUUUGGGUCAUUGUCCUGUUGAAAAACAAAUGAUAGUCCCACUAAGCGCAAACCAGAUGGGAUGGCAUAUCGCUGCAGAAUUCUGUGGUAGCCAUGCUGGUUAAGUGUGCCUUGAAUUCUAAAUAAAUCACAGACAGUGUCACCAGCAAAGCACCCCCACACCAUCACACCUCCUCUUCAAUGCUUCACAGUGGGAACCACACAUGCGGAGAUCAUCCGUUCCCCUACUCUGCCAAAAAUCUUAAAUUUGGACUCAUCAGGACAGAUUUCCACCGGUCUAAUGUCCAUUGCUUGUGUUUCUUGGUCCAAGCAAGUCUCUUCUUCUUAUUGGUGUCCUUUAGUAAUGGUUACUUUGCAGCAAUUCGACCAUGAAGUCCUGAUUCACGCAGUCUGUUACUUGAACUCUGUGAAGCAUUUAUUUGGGCUGCAUUCUGAGGUGCAGUUAACUCUAAUGAACUUAUCCUCUGCAGCAGAGGUAACUCUGGGUCUUUCUUUCCUGUGGCGGUCCUCAUGAGAGCCAGUUUCAUCAUAGCGCUUGAUGGUUUUUGCGACUGCACUUGAAGAAACUUGAAAAGUUCUUGAAAUGUUCCGUAUUGACUGACCUUCAUGUCUUAAGGUAAUGAUGGACUGUCGUUUCUCUUUGCUUAUUUGAGCUGUUCUUGCCGUUUAAUGGACUUGGUCUUUUACCAAAUAGGACUAUCUUCGGUAUAUCACCCCAACCUUGUCACAACACAACUGAUUGGCUCAAACACAUUAAGAAGGAAAGAAAUUUCACAAAUUAACUUUUAACAAGACACACCUGUUAAUUGAAGUGCAUUGCAGGUGACUACCUCAUGAAGAUGGUUGAGAGAAUGCCAAGAGUGUGCAAAGCUGUCAUCAAGGCAAAGGGUGGCUACUUUGAAGAAUCUCAAAUAUAACAUAUAUUUAACAUUUUUGUGGUUACUACAUGAUUCCAUAUGUGUUAUUUCAUAGUUUUAAUGUCCUCACUAUAAUUCUACAAUGUAGAAAAUUGUAAAAAGAAAGAAAAACCCUGGAAUGAGUAGGUGUGUCCAAACUUUUGACUGGUACUGUAUAUAUAUAUAUUAUAUAUAUUAUAUAUAUUAUAUAUAUAGAUAUAGUAUAUAUAUAUACUGAACAAAAAUAUAAACGCAACAUGUAGAGCAUUGUUCCCAUGUUUCAUGAGCUGAAAUAAAAGACCCCAGAAAUCUUCCAUACUCACAAAAAGCUAAUUUCUCUGAAAUGUUGUGUACAAAUUUGUUUACAUCCCUGUUAGUGAGCAUUUCUCCUUUGCCAAGAUAAUCCAUCGACCUAAAUUAAAUAAUAAUAACUUGGUUCAUUUAGCAGACGCUCUUAUCCAGAGGACUUACCGGAGCAAUUAGGGUUAAGUGCCUUGCUCCAAGGGCUCACCUCGACAAGAUUUUCACCUAGGGGAUUUAGAAGCUGAUUAAACAGCAUGAUCAUUACACAGCUGCACUUUGUGCUGGGAACAAUAAAAGGCCACUGUAAAAUGUGCAGUUUUGUCACACAACACAAUGCCACAGAUGUCUCAGGUUUUGAAGGAGCGUGCAAUUGGCAUGCUGACUGCAGGAAUUUCCACCAGAGCUGUUGCCAGAGAAUUUAAUGUUCAUUUCUCUACGAUAAGCCGCCUCCAACGUCAUUUUAGAGAAUUUGGCAGUACGUCCAGCUGGCCUCAUAACCGCAGACCUUGUGUAACCACGCCAGCCCAGGACCUCCACAUCCGGCUUCUUCACCUGCGGGAUCGUCUGAGACAAGCCACCCGGACAGCUGAUGAAACUGUGGGUUUGCACAACCGAAGGAUUUCUUUACAAGCUGUCAGAAACCGUCUAAGGGAAGCUCAUCUGCUUGCUCGACGUCCUCACCAGGGUCUUGACCUGACUACAGUUCGGCGUCGUAACCUUCGAUGGCCACUGGCACGCAGGAGAAGUGUGCUCUUCACGGAUGAAUCCCGUUUUCAAUUGUGCCGGGGCAAAUGGCAGACAGCGUGUAUGGUGUCGUGUGGGUGAACGGUUUGCUGAUGUCAACGUUGUGAACAGAGUGCCCCAUUGUGGUGGUGGGAUUAUGAUAUGGGCAGGCAUAAGCUGCGGACAACAAACACAAUUGCAUUUUAUCGAUGGCAAUUUGAAUGCACAGCGAUACCAUGACGAGAUCCUGAGGCCCAUUGUCGUGCCAUUCAUCCGCUGCUAUCACCUCAUGUUUCAGCACGAUAAUGCACAGCCCCAUGUCGCAAGGAUCUGUACACAAUUCCUGGAAGCUGAAAAUGUCCCAGUUUUUCCAUGGCUUACAUACUCACCAGACAUGUCACCCAUUGAGCAUGUUUGGGAUGCUCUGGAUCGACAUGUACGAUAGCGUGUUCGAGUUCCCGCCAGUAUCCAGCAACUUCACACAGCCAUUGAAGAGGAGUGGGACAACAUUCCACAGGCCACAAUCAACAGCCUGAUCAACUCUAUGCGAAAGAGAUGUGUCGCUCUGCAUGAGGAAAAUGGUCACACCAGAUACUGACUGGUUUUCUGAUCCACACCCCUACCUUUUUUCUAAGGUAUCUGUGACUGACAGAUGCAUAUCUGUAUUCCCAGUCAUGUGAAAUCCAUAGAUUAGUGCAUAAUGAAUUGAUUUCAAUUGACUAAUUUCCUUAUAUGAACUGUAACUCAGUCAAAUCUUUAAAAUUGUUGCAUGUUGUAUUGAGUUGCAGCCCCCCCCCCCCCCUCCCUUUGCCUUCAGAACAGCCUCAAUUCGUUGGGGCAUGGACUCUACAAGGUGUCGAAAGCAUUCCACAGGGAUGCUGGUCCAUGUUGACUCCAAUGCUUCCCAUAGCUGUGUCAAGUUGGCUGGAUGUCCUUUGGGUGGUGGACCAUUCUUGAUACACACAGGAAACUGUUGAGCAUGGAACAACCCAGCAGCGUUGCAGUUCUUGACACAAACCAGUGUGCCUGGCAACUACUACCAUACUCUGUUCACAGGCACUUAAAUCUUUUGUCAUGUGCCAUUCACCCUCUGAAUGGCACACAUACACAAUCAAUGUCUCAAUUGUCUCAAGGCUUAAAAAUCCUCCUUUAACCUGUCUCCUCCCCUUCAUCUACACUGAUUGAAGUGGAUUUAACAAGAAAGAGCAGGUGUUCUUAAUGUUUUGUACACUCAGUGUAUAUAUGCAGUGCAUUCAGAAAGUAUUCAGACCCCUUCCCUUUUUCCACAUUUUGUUACGUUACAGCCUUAUUCUAAAAUUGAUAUAAUAAAUAAAAAUCUUCAUCAAUCUACACACAAUACCCCAUAAUGACAAAGCGAAAAUAGGUUUUUAGACAUUUUUGCAAAUGUAUUAAGAACAAAAAACAGAAAUACUUUAUUUAUAUAAGUAUUCAGAGCCUUUGCUAUGAGAAUCGAAAUUGAGCUCAGGUGCAUCCUGUUUCCAUUGAUCAUCCUUGAGAUAUUUCUACAACUUGAUUGGAGUCCACCUGUGGUAAAUUCAAUUGAUUGGACAUGAUUUGGAAAGGCACACACCUAUCUAUAUAAGGUCCCACAGUGCAUGUCAGAGCUCCAAGAUAGGAAUGUGUCGAGGCACAGAUCUGGGGAAGGGUACCACAAAAUGUCUGCAGCAUUGAAGUUCCCCAAGAACACAGUGGCCUCCAUCAUUCUUAAAUGGAAGAAGUUUGGAACCACCAAGACUCUUCCUAGAGCUGGCCGCCCGGCCAAACUGAGCAAUCGAGGGAGAAGGGCCUUGGUCAGGGAGGUGACCAAGAACCCGAUGGUCCCUCUAACAGUGCUCCAGAGUUCCUCUGUGGAGAUGGGAGAACAUUCCAGAAGGACAACCAUCUCUGCAGCACUCCACCAAUCAGGCAUUUAUGGUAGAGUUGCCAGAUGGAAGCCAUUCCUCAGUAAAAGGUACAUGACAGCCCGCUUGGAUUUUGCCAAAAGGCACCUAAAGAACUCUCAGACCAUGAGAAACAAGAUUCUCUGGUCUGAUGAAACCAAGAUUGAACUCUUUGGCCUGAAUGCCAAGCGUUAUGUCUGGAGGAAACCUGGCACAAUCCCUACGGUGAAGCAUGGUGGUGGCAGCAUCAUGCUGUGGGGAUGUUUUUCAGUGGCAGAGACUGGGAGACUAGUCAGGAUCGAGGGAAAGAUGAACGGAGCAAGGUACAAAGAGAUCCUUGAUGAAAACCUGCUCCAGACCUCAGACUCAGCUUCACCUUCCAACAGGACAACGACCCUAAGCACACAGCCAAGACAACGCAGGAAUGGCUUUGGGACAAAUCUCUGAAUGUCCUUGAGUGGCCCAGCCAGAGCCCGGACUUGAACACGAUCAAACAUAUCUGGAGAGACCUGAAAAUAGCUGUGCAGCGACGCUCCCCAUCCAAGCUGACAGAGCUUGAAGGGAUCUGCAGAGAAGAAUGGGAGAAACUCCCCAAAUACAGGUGUGCCAAGCUUGUAGCGUCAUACCCAAGUAGACUCGGGGCUGUAAUUGCUGCCAAAGCUGCUUCAACAAAGUACUGAGUAAAGGGUCUGAAUACUUAUGUAAAUUUUAUAUUUCUGUUUUUUUGUUUUAAUAAAUUAGCAAAAAUGUAUAAAAACCUGUUUUUGCUUUGUCAUUACGGGGUAUUCUGUGUAGAUUGAUGAAAAAAACAACAAUUUAAUCCAUUUUAGAAUAAGGCUGUAAAAUGUGGAAAAAGUGAUGGGUUCUGAAUACUUUCCGAAUGCACUGUAUAUAAUGGUGUGUAUAGACAGUAUGGAAUUGAAAAGGUGUAGUAGUUGUAUAGGAUGAGCCAUGACUAGAAUACAGUAUAGACAUACAGUGCAUUCGGAAAGUUUCAGACCCCUUGACUUUUUCCACAUUUUGUUAUGUUACAAAAAAGAAGUCAAGGGGUCUGAAUACUUUCCGAAUGCACUGUAUAAAGCGGGUAAAACCGUAUGUAAACAUUAUUAAAGUGACCAGUGUUCAAUGACUCUAUGUACAUAGGGGAAAGCAGUCUCUGCAGGGUAGAGUGCUGGGUGGUAGCCGGCUAGUAACAGGGAUUAUGGUUCAGAGCAGGGUAUUGGGCGAAUGCCAGCUAGUGGUGAUUGUUUAACAGUCUGAUGGCCUGGAGAUAGAAGCUGUUUAUAAGUCUCUUGGUCCCAGCUUUGAUGCACCCACCUGUACUAUCUCCUCCUUCUAGAUGGUAGCUGGGUGAACAGGCCCUGGCUCGGGUGGCUGAGGUCCUUGAUGAUCUUCUUGGCCUUCCUGUGACACCGGGUGCUGUAGAUGUCCUGGAGGGCAGGCAGUGUGCCCCUGCAGUUGCGGACGGUUUCAAUUGCCAUACAAGGCUGUGAUACAGCUCGUCAGGAUGCUCUCAGUGGUGCGUCUGUAGAAGUUUGUGCGGGUCUUAGGGGCCAAGCCAAAUUUCUUCAGCCUCCUGAGGUUGAAGAGGUGCUGCUGCGCAUUCUUCACCACAUUUUCUGUGUGAAGGGACCAUUUCAGGUCGUCAGUGAUGUGCACGCAGAGGAACUUGAAGCUUUUGACCCUCUCUACUGCGGCCCGUCACUGUGGAUUGGGGCAUGCUUUCUCUGCUGUCUCCUUUAGUCCACGAGCAGCGCCUUUGUUUUGUUGAUGUUGAGGAAGAGGUUAUUUUCCUGGCACCACUCCACCAGGACUCUCACCUCCUCCCUGUAGGUUGUCUCAUACUUUUUUGUAAUCAGGCCUACCACUGUUGUGUCGUCAGCAAUUGAUUUGGAGAUGUGGGUGGCCACGCAGUCAUGUGUGAAUAGUGAGUACAGAAGGGGGCUGAGCACUCACCACCUGGGGUUGGCCCGUCAGGAAGUCCAGGACCCAGUUUCACAGAGCGGGGUUCAGACCCAGGGCCCCAAGCUUAGUAAUGAGCUUGGAGGGCACUAUGGUGUUGAAGGCUGAGCUGUAGUCGAUGAACAGCAUUCUUACAUAGAUAUUUAUCUUGUCCAGGUGGGAUAGGGCAGUGUGCAGUGCAAUGGCAAUUACGUCAUCCGUGGAUCUGUUGGGGUGGUAUGCAAAUUGUAGUGGAUCUAGGCUGUUGGGUAAGGUGGACGUGAUAUGGUCGUUAACUAGCAUCUCAGAGCACUUCAUGAUGACAGAAAUGAGUGCUACGGGGCAAUAGUCAUUUAGUUCAGUUACCUUCGCUUUCUUGGGUAGAGGAACAAUGGUGGACAUCUUGAAGCAAUUGGGGACAACAGACUGGGAUAUGGAGAGAUUGAGGAUGCUCUGAGGACGCAGCUUAUUUCAGCACCAAUAUUCAGCAUUAUUUUUCAAUGUGUCAAUGGGACAAAUCCUAAUUUCCACUUAAGUUGAAUUUUAACUUAGUCUCCCAUUGACAUUAAUGCACGAUUAAGUAAAAAUGUGUCUUGUGGAAGUUAAGACUUGCCCCAUUGAGUCCAUGAUGUGGUUAUAGACACUACUUUGAUGCUCUUCCCUCCCUCUCUUCCUCCCUCCCUCCCUCUCUCUCCGUCACUCCUCUGCAGUGGCCUGAGGGACAGGGUCAGUAUUCUGGUGGACGGCUCGCUCAUCAUUGGUAGUGUGAAGCCAGAGGAUGCUGGGAGAUUCACCUGCAGCCCCAGCAACAGCCUGGGCCGGCCCCCAUCCGCCUCGGCCCAGCUCACAGUGCAAUGUGAGUGUCUCACCCUAUCCUCUACAGUCAACCCAUACCCCCUACCCCUUAUUAUUAUAAUUAUUUUGGGGUGCUUAUAUUUGUCCUGUUACACACAAGUGUAAUGGAAAUGUUUUUCUUGCAUAUCCCAACUCCCCCUGAGACACCCGCAGGGAGUGGGGUCACGGCCAGGGUCACCAUUGUACAGCUGCCCUGGAGCAAUUAGGGUUAAGUGCUUUGCUCAAGGGCACAGUGACAGAUUUUUCACCUUGUCGGCUACGGUAUUCGAACCAGCGAACUUUCGGUUAUGGCACAACGCUCUAACCUCGAGGCUACCUGCCACCCUGCACUUGUCAAGAUAUGGGUCGUGUUCAUCAGAGCACACAGAGCUAGCGGGUGUACACUACAACAAGAUCCAUCCUACUCUAAGAAACAUAACUAAUUCUACUCAUCAGCCGCACUUAGGACAUUGAUUGACUAAUCCUAGAUCUGUGCCUAUAAGAGCAACUUGAACCUGCAGCUGUGCUAUAGAGCAUUCCCACUGCAACUGUGUACACUCAGUCCUGCUGAUGCUGUUCUCUACUUAAUGAGUUUUAUACUACCUAACCACCCUAAUGAGCCACAAGCCAAAGACCAGUUUCCAUAAUAAUGUAUGUACAUUUAAUGGACGAUAAAGCUUUUUGAAUACAGGAAAUAUGGCAUGAUAUCUGGCCAUGGUAUGCACCAGGGAUCAUCAACUAGAUUCAGCCGCAGGCUUAUUUUUUCUUGAGCGGAUGGUCAGUGGGCCGGAACAUAAUUACAAAUAAUUUCUAGACUGCAAAUUGACCACAAGAAGCCCAAACAGAUAUAAUAUUUGACUAAAACAUAAUAAUUUCAAACCUUGCUUUCAUUUGUAUACGAUCACAUAUAUAUCUCUAUUAUGUGUGGGAAUACUUUGGAACAGAUUUCCAAAAUAAAAAUCACUUGGAGCUGAUUUGCUGUUGUUUUUACAGUCUUUUAUGUCAAACAAUGUAUUUAUUUUUAUUAAAUCAUGCCGCCAGUUGGGGAACCCUGGUGUAGACUAAGUUAGAUAGAACCCCUCUCUCUCUAUCCACUGCAUAAUUGGAGGUUACACUGUUCUGUGGUCUCCGAGCCAAUUCCAGACCCCCCCACCCCAUAUGCCAGGUGGGCAUAUUAGCCCCAACCGUGAUCCCAUCCAACCACUACACACACUGUGUCUCUAAACCUCAACACACACACACACCAUUCCCAGGAGCCCUGCGGGUUAGAAUUGAAACAGUGACCUUGAAGUGACUCUUCUUCAGUCAUUUGAGUCACUUUCACUUUCACCAAUGGUCUCCUCGUAUUAAAUGCUCGCUUUCUUUCUUUUUCAGUCACACAGGCUUUGUGUUUGAUCAGAAUUAAUCAAUAUUACACGCAACCCGCCUUUCACUCGUGAGUCGUGACAUUCAAAAACUCAGCCCUGUCAUUCCCCCGAGGUAAAUCAGAUGUAUUGUAAUCUAAAUGAAUGGAGGCGAGGAUGAGUGUUGAGCACCGGUAAUACCCAUCCAUCACAGAGAUGUGGCCCCGCGUCGGCGGGUAGUGACUCGUCUGGGUAGCCAAGGCAACAGACAUUUUGCAUUCACCCGCUCUAUCUCCUUCUCCUCGGCUCUAAAUUAGAUUUUUUUCCCUCAGGGCCCAAGCAGGGGAAAGCAGCACCAGUCAUGAGGGAGGGAGGGAGCAUUACAUCAUCGCUUUCAGAGACUAGAUACUUUUUUGACACAGGCUGCAGAGAUAGAGGGAGCUUUUUUCUCUCAAGUAGUGACCACUACUUUUCCCAAAGCAAGUCACUGCUAGAGCCAGGAUGCAGAGAGAGAGAGAUUGAUAGCUAUCUAGCGCUGUUCUAUUUUUAGACUUUGGAUGAUAUUCUUGUCUGCUCGCCUGCCACUGAGGUCUUUGUUGAGAGUUGGGGCUGAGUAGUAGUGGUAUAGUGUGAUAACUACUGUAUCUCCAGGGUUUUUAGGGUGGUAGGAUGUAGAUAGACACUGCAGUAUACUGCACAGGCAAUGCCUGAACUACCAGGGGAUGCUUUCUAUCUCCAUCUCUCAAUCUCUCUCUUUCUCUCUCUCUGUCAAUUGUUUUUAUUCAACAUUUAUUUAACUAGGCUAGUCAAUUAAGAACACAUUCUUAUUUACAAUGACAGCCUACCAAGAGGCAAAAGGCCUCCUGCGGUGACGGGGGCUUGGAAUAUAAUAUAGAUAUAUAUAGAUAGAUAGAUAUAUUCUCUCCAUCUCUCUUUCUGUUUAUUCUUCUCCUCUCAUCAUCUCCUACCUCUCUGAAUCCACAUUGUCUACCUAAUCUUUCUCUCUCUCUCUUUCCAUCGCUCCUUUUCUCUCUCUUCUCCCUCCCUGUCUUCCUUUCUUUUCUUCCCCCUCUCUUAGCUGUAUCCCCCCAUCUCUGUGCCCUCUCUUUGGGGGGAUGGUUGGGCUGCAUGCUGCCAUGCUUCUAUACCUGCCCCAGGAGAGCAGUGCCAUGGAGGCAGCCACACACACUCACACACACAUAUACAAACACACACACUCUAAUGCUCACACACUCACACACGUCACAACACACACCACAUACACACACAAACACACACACAGACCAAAUUUGGCCACCGUGACCGGCUGUUUCGGUGCUGCGUGCGUGUGUGACAGGACCUGCAAAAGAGAGAAGGAGGAGGGGGAGAGGUGACAUCAUCCUCUGUGGAAACUCUCUCCUCUGCAGUGACGUCAGCUCCAGACGCUCGGCGGGCCAGGCAGGGAAGCAUGCAGACAGGUAGCGUGGGCGAUAGCGGCCACACUAGACCACUGAUGGCACUGCAGCACUACGACAAGAUUACAGGCUGUGAGAGAGAGAGAGAGAGAGAGAGAGAGAGAGAGAGAGAGAGAGAGAGAGAGAGGCAGAGAGAGAGAAUAGAGAGAGAGAGAUAGCGCGAGCGAGAUAGACAGAGAUAGAUCGAUCAUAGCGAAGAGAGAGAGAGAGAGAGAGAGAGAGAGAGAGGAAAGUAAUUACAUGUGUGGAUAUGUGCAUGUUAGAGAAAGUGAGAGUGUGUGUAUGCGAGCUGUAUCGAGACUGGCACUACCCCCCUCAUCUUUCCUAUAAAUAGACUGUGGCACCUGGCCAAGCAUUAUGUUUUUUUUCGAAACCACUCCUUUCCGAGCUGCACCGGCCGUCGGAUGGAUAUCCAUUAGCUCUUUGUGGAGCGUGGCUUUGUGGCCAUAUUUACAGGGCUUUGAGCAGAUGACAAUGUCUGAAUCUGCCAUUAGACCAUGGAUAUUAUCCACAUCAGAACCGACACAAUCUGAGACCUGUCCGGUAAAAGGUUAGAUAACACUGAGGGAAAGAAUGCAGACGAGUUUGUUGGUUUGUGGGUUGUCACUAGUUACCACAGCCACAAAGUCAUAAACCCCACCCAUUUUGACAAUGUAUCUUCUUAAAUUUGUAUUUUAAACCUAACCCUAACCUUAACCACACUGCUAACCUUAUGCCUAACCUUAAAUAAUGUUUACGAUCAAGCAAUUUUGACUUUGUUGCUGUGCUAUCUAGUGUAAACCUAGUUUGUGCCGUUGUGGUGUAAUAUAAGGGGGUGUAGUGGCGAAUCUGUCACCCCCGCCACAUAGUGACACUAAACGAGAUCACAUUGGUACACUGUUACUCACAGAAUACACUAUAUAGGGCUUUUCACACUACUGAGCUGAACUAUGCCAAGCCAAACCAAGUUGGACUGAGCUGACUUGCUUACACAGCCACCAAAGUGUAAAAAUAUGAACUAUUCAUAUAAAAUAUUCAAGUCAGCACAGUUUGCUUCGGGUUAGCACGAUAGUGUGAAAAGGGUAUAUGGUUCUUUGAAUUGGCCCACUUUGACGUAAUUUCGCUAAGCAGCCCUACUGUUCUCCUGCUUCAGGGGUUGUUCAAAGUUAAAAGCUGGUGCAUUGACUUUCAGUUCCAACUCCUCUUUCCUGUCGUCUCUCCUUGUUGCCAGAUAAAGUUAAAUUAGCCGUGACUCCAGACAGACUGCCUCAGCCAUGGAAGCCUCUGUCUGAAUACUGAAGAGGACAUCCUUCUCUAUAAUAAUUUUAAUCCACACGUUGAUACCAUUCUACAUAUUUGGCUGUCUCAGAUUCGCCUUCCUUGUGAAAUGAAUUGACAUACUAAAAACGUAUUUCCCUGUUCACUAGUCAGUGUUUACUCAUCCACUCUAAACACACACACAAAUGAACAGCUACUGCUCUCAGACCAGCUGCUACAAAAGCACACAGUUUAACAUGUUACGACAACCCUGUGCUCAUUAAACCUGUUAUUUCCCCUGGCUCUUGCUGCAGUACUGGUCCCAUAAUCACUAUCAAUGUUACUCCACUAUAAAGAUAAUGUUGUAGUAUGAUAUUUAUGUUGAGGCCUGGAUGGUCUAGCUAGCGGUCAGUGCCGCUGCCUACACCAUUGUAUGUUUGCCUGUGUCGGCGUGGGUUCAAAUCCAGCCCACUGCCUUUGUGACAAACUCUCUACCUUUCCCACCAUAUCUCCUAUGUCCAAUAAAAACAUUAAUAAAAAAUAAUAUAAAUUAACUGUAUUUUUCUUUCUCGCCCCAGACCCUGCUCGUGUCAAAGACAUGCCACCUGCUAUCUAUGUGGCCAUCGGCCUGCCAGGCUUCAUCCGCUGCCCGGUGGACGCCAACCCGCCCGCCACGCUGGUCAAGUGGACCAAAGAUGGCAACCCUCUCCGGAUAGAGAAGGUGAGUCGAGGGUCGUAUUCAUUAGAGCACACCGGAGCAAAACGUUUUGCAAUGGGUAAAAAAAAAAGUCCCUCCCUGUUUCAUUCCCUUUGCUUGCGUUUGGUUCCUAAUGAAUGUGACCCAGAACGUUCAGAGAGAAAUGUAUCGUGUAGAACCGGUAUGAUUAUCUGUUAGGUAGGAAUAGGGGAUGGUGUCAGCUCCAUUCGUUCUAUUUCUAUCUGCAAUAUACAGAACGUUUGACAUCACUGAAUACAUAAUCGCUCGUGGACAGAUGCAUAGGAUGGUAUGUUAUCGUAGCGUCUGAAACAGACUGUGGGAUGCGACGACUAUUGAGGAACGUUGUUCCAGUGCGCAGAUUUUUCGUCACUGACCAUUUGGACAAAUUACGAUUUUGCUGGUGUUCUCAUCUUUCGAAUUUCGGAAGAGGAAGGGACAUUUGGCCCAUAUCUAUUUAGAGGGGUGGAGACUUUGCUAGUCUCAUUAGUAUAUUUUCUUAUACAUCUCCCUCCAGAACUUCAUUAAGCAAUGCAAUGCAAUUACGGAAGAUUUUAGUUCUGGGUUUCUGAGAUAACUGAAUACAGCCCAGUGGAGUAGGGUGAAAACACUGAUCUAAAGUAAGUUUUGUGUUUUCCCCUAAUGGUUAAGUUUAGGGCUAAGGGAUAAGCUGAUCUGUGCCUAGAAGGGCAACAUCUACCUGGCUUGGGGAUGGCAGACUGGGAAAUCCCCUCAAGCUUUGAACUGCAACAAAGGUGAUGAACUGAGCUAACUGCAGGGCUACUUUAGUGGGUAAUUUCUACACUUCACAUGUGCAUUCCUAGUUUCAGGCUUCUAGGGGUGGAUCAUUUGUUGUAUAUAUCCUAGACAAAAUAUAGCUGUUCCUUUGCUGUUUCCUUCCACUACUUCUUGACUUUGACUUCAGUCCCCUUUGAUUCACAACUUUUAACUAUUGAGAACAAUGGGGGGACCGAACAUACCUCUCACUUCCUAUUCCAUCGGGCAGCCACAGUCUCCUCAGCUCUUCUAUGCAGGAUGACGGGAUAGUGCUGUGCCACUGGUGAGCUCAGCCAUACAAACAUUGUGAUGUCAUAGCGUUAGCCCCUCUUUGUUCCCUCAGUACCCUGGUUGGAGCCAAAUGGAGGACGGGAGCAUCCGCGUGACUGAGGUGACGGAUGACUCUCUGGGCACCUACACCUGCAUGCCUUACAAUGCCCUGGGCUCCGAGGGUUGGUCCGAUCCCACUCCCCUGGUGCUAAAGGUAUGCAGGCUGAUGCUAACGCUAAUUAACGUAGCAUACUAGUUAGCAUAGCAAUCAUUAUGCAUUUUCUAUGGGAAGACUAGCAUGCUGCGAGUUAGCCUACGUUUAUGCUAACUGUGCUAGUUAGUGUUGCAAUUCCCAUGCAUUUUCUAUAGGAAGACUAGCAUGCUGCACGUUAGCCUAGUGACUACACCCAGGCUCAGGCCUAAUCGCACUCUUAUUGGGGAACACUUUCUCUGGGCAGGAUCCCCCCAAGUUCUCGAUUGUUCCCGGAGGGGAGUACAGGCAGGAGGCUGGGAGAGAGCUGGUCAUCCCCUGUGCGGCUGACGGAGAAUUUCCCUAUCCCAACAUCACAUGGAGGAAGGUAAAUGACCCCCACCACCACCCAAAGCACUCAUGUUGUGGCCUGGUCUAACAGUCUAUUACUUUAUAAUAGGACAGAGCUACAGCUCCUCUUCUCUAUCAUUUCACUCUAAAGUUAUUGGGAUCUGGUACCACAUUGCUGUACACUCACACAAUCUAUUUGGCAUUGAUAUUUAAUGGUAACAAAGCUACUCGCUGUCAAUAAUUCCCCAAAUGAUGUGAUGUUAGGUGACCAUUAUUGAGUAAUGAUAACAGGUGGUUAUUACUACCACGUAAUUUCUAAUGGUGUUUAUUUCCUAACGAUUGUUGAUAUUGGAGUCAUCUUCUUUUCCAUCUUUGCCACAAAGAAUGAGAUGAGAUUGCAAUCAAACUGGCUCCUAGAAAUCCCAAUGUUUUAAUUGCAUUUUAAUGGUGGCAUUAUCAGUUGAAACAAACUCAUUAGCAUUAACCUUAAAUUGUCUCUUGAUUACGGAGCUUCUUAAUCUCUCCAGUUGAAAACAAUGUGAUUUGCAGUUGUUUGUCUCCCCUUACCGUCGUCGUGAUGCUGUCUGUCUGUCUGUCUGUCUGUCUGUCUGUCUGUCUGUGUCUGUCUGUCUGUCUGUCUGUCUGUCUCUCUCUCUCUCUCUCUCUCUCUCUCUCUCUCUCUCUCUCUCUCUGUCUGUCUGUCUGUCUGUCUGUUUGUCUGUCUGUCUACUAAUCUACUGUCUGUCUGUGUGUGUCACUGUCUGUCUAGCUGUUUUCCUUUUUGUCUGUCUUCCUUUUUUUCUAUCAGUCUUUCGUUCUCUGUCAGUCUGUCUGUCUAUGUGUCUGUCUACUAAUCUACUGUCUGUCUGGAAGCUAUGUGGGUGGACGAUAAAGUCCUUCCUUGCCAGGACCAGUACAGUAUGUGACUCAACCUUCUUCUCCUCUCUCUUUUUAGGUAGGGAAGCCCAGCAAAAGCAAGCACAAUGUCCUCCCCUCCGGCAGCUUACAGUUCAAGUCCCUGAGCAAGGAGGACCACGGGGAGUGGGAGUGUGUGGCCACCAACGUCGCCACAAGCAUCACUGCCAGCACGCACCUCCUAGUUAUUGGUACGAGCCACUCUGCCGUACACAUGCACAGGAACAGUCACAGGCACACACAUACAAACACAUCAUACCUGGGUUCAAAUACAUGUGUAUUUGAUUAUUUGUUAUUAAAAUACGUAUUUUCAAAUACUUUCCUAUAAAUAGCCUACUAUUUGAAAGUAUUUUCAAAUACUUAUUUCAAAAUACAUUAUUUCAAAUACCAAACAGACCUGGUUCAAAUGCAUGGGAGUAUUUAAAUAUUUGUAUAUAUACUGUGUAUUUGAGUAUUUUCAAAUACAUGCCAAUAUUUUUUAAGUGUAUUUACAAAUACAUUCUAAUAUUCAACUGCUUGUUUUUUCAAAUAAAAAAUAUAAAAAUACUUCAGAUCCAAAUGUCUUUGAAGCAGGUAGUAUUUUAACCCAGGUCUGAGACACACACACAGAGUUCGGUUUGACAUCUGUAAGUUACAAACCUUAUCACCAUUUACGUGGGCCCUGUUUGAAAAUGUCAAGAAGUCCUCAAAGUUAUCCCUGCUUUGACACGGUUGGACAGGUGAAAGCAAGGGGAAGUGAAGAACCUUAAAGGCCCAGUGCAGUCAUAAUUCAGUUAUUGUACAACAGUGUGGUCCUCUGUAGCUCAAUUGGUAGAGCAUGGCGCUUGUAACGCCAGGGUAGUGGGUUCGAUCCCCGGGACCACCCAUACGUAAAAAUGUAUGCACACAUGACUGUAAGUCGCUUUGGAUAAAAGCAUCUGCUAAAUGGCAUAUUAUUUGAUGAAACUAAAACUAUAAAAGUGUGAAAAUAUGUCAUCAGUGUUAUUUCCUGAUAGUUGCUGGUUGAAAAUACAAUUUACACAGGACCUUCUAAUCAGCAGGUUUUACAUGAGUGGAGUUUUGGUUUGCCUGGUGACAUCACCAGGUGGUAUAAGUUAUUAUACAACGGGUGAGUCUAAUCCUGAAUGAUAAUUGGUUAAAACCGCAUUCCAGACGGUGUCUAUUCCACAAGUUACCACCGGCUAAAUCUAUUACGUUAAAAUGCCUAUUUACUCUGUUCCAUCUGACUGCGUAAUCCACUGUCUCAUCAGCCCAGCCAACCAAUUUAUAAACUUGAUCUCCACUAUAAAAAACAUCUAAUUCAUUAUCUCACAUUUCUUUUAGAAUAACAUUUAGUUUUCAACAGCGGAGAUUUGUAUAAACCUUGCUGUCUGUCUCCGACAUUUGCAACAUUGUUUCAAUAUUCAAAUUCGAUCUCCAGCUGUCCCAUAGUAAUGAACGUGUCGGGAGUCGGGACGAGAUGGACAGGCAGUGUUUCUCAGCCAGUCGAAAUCAUGAAUCAGGUGGCAUAAUUUUUAUGGAUAUAUACAAAGAAAUAUCAAUUGAAAAAAGGUAAAAUGAAACAAAGUGCAGGUAGCCAGCAGUCUUUCCAGCUUCCGUUUGAAGUGAUUGUGUUAGCUGUGUUGUUGGCUAGCUCCUCUGAACAACAGUGUCCUGACAAGUGAGCACAUUUUCUAUGCCAGGUGAAAUCGCAUCUCAUUAGCUCAUUGUUAUGGAUGUAUCCAAAUAAAUGUCACUAGAAAACAGCUUAAACAAAUGCAAAUGUGGCUACUUUGCUGUUAUUCUGGCUGCACUUUUUGACUUGACUGUAAGUUAGCCAUAGUUGGCUAGCUAGCAAGCAAGGGAUAAGAACGUUGCCAGCCAGUAUGGCAAUGGAACAUUUAGAACGAACGACUGUCCAUAGAUACAGAACAAAAAGACUGAAAGACUGGGUCGCGUCUCUGGCAACCGAACCAAUAGAACGAACGACCAGCCGGCUUGGGUAGCAUCCUAGAUUUGUGUCAGGACUAUAUCUUGUGGAAGGAUGAAAUAGUAUGAAUAAAUUAAUCAAAAUAAAGUUUUUAAUGAAAAUAUGUCAAUUAUUAUUUGAAUAUGUUGGUAACCUGUUGUAUAAAAGUGAUAAUUCCCUCGAAGCCGGUGUUUGGAGGAUAUAUUGGCACGGUUUGCCAACCCUCGACUUUGUCUCGGGCCUAACAACACCCGUGCCAAUAUAUCCUCCAAACACUGGCUUCUCGGGCAUUAUCACUUAAAUAGACGAAUAACAAAGACAGUUCCAAACCUCUAUAAUGCCCAAUAACAGCUAGUUUUCAGGUUACAUAUCCUUCCCAUUAGGCUCCUCCAAUUAGGCCCCUCACUAAGACUACUCCCAGACAGUCCUAGAAAAACUAUUGCUUGAGAAAAAAAAGUAUGCUUAUUUUUGAAAUUUUUUAUGGAAAACAAUUACAGUAAGGUACUUAAUUGUUACCCAGAAAUGAUUUGAUAUAGAGUUAAAAACGGCUGCCUUGCGUCAUUUAACACCAAGGCGAGUCAAUCCAGUUAAAUUUGAAUCUGCAAUAUAAGUAGUCUAGUAGAAGUAGUCCAAUACUAGGACAUCACAUCCAAAGGUAACCAAUCCGAAAUGCUAAUUUUCCUUAUCUGUUGCAAAACGUUUUAAAAUGGUUUCCGUUGCAUGCCAUAAUGAAUACGACCCUUGUGUGCUCUGAAAGGGUAGUAAAGAGAGGCAGGGCUUUGCAGAACGGCAGCGACGGCGGCAUCCAAGCGUCAACUGCUGACAAUUUUCCAAAGCUUGAUGCGUCAGCCAAAGCACCUGAGGGACAUUUUGCAAGGUCAACGACGUGGCAUGCCAGCAUCCGCAAAUCACAAAUGAGCAAACUGGGCUCGCAGCAUUAAGGAAGUAGACACAGAGACUGUUUCCACUGCUGAAAGCUCUAGUUUGUCUGAUAAAUAAAGACAACCGAUAGAUAAACUCUCACUUAUUGUGUCUAGGCCAUUCAAUAACAAUGAUGCCUUUUUGGAACAGUCUUAGUGUCCCUAGCUGCAGCUGGCUAUGGAGAAAGACCACUCAGUCUUCAGUUAGCUGGCCACUUGCAUUCUUGCAUUCAAUGGUCAAGCAACUGUAAAUGGCACAAUUCACAGGUGUUCAAUUGGCCAAUGGAAUUCUCUCCAAUGUUUUCAUGUAUUUGGUGGGUGAUCAGAUUAUGGCCAAAUCAUUACUCUCUUUCAGCACAUUUUCGAGUAUAAUUGGUAGGGAAUAUUUUUUACUUUUGUUCGAACAUGGCCAGAGAUUUCUCAAAUCGUCUACUACAGACACAACAUAGCAAGAACCCUAUAAGACAUUCUGACGUUCUACAGUUACAAGGUCAACCAAUUAAGAUACAUUCUCCUCCAUUUUCUUGGACAGCAGCAAGGCUUCCUGGCACAGGAGGUUGGUGGUACCUUAAUUGGGAAGGACGGGCUCGUGGUAAUGUCUGGAGAGGAAUAAAUGGAAUGGUAUCAAAUAUAUCAAACACAUGGUUUCCGUGUGUUUGAUGCCAUUCGAUUUGCGCCGUUCCAGCCAUUAUUAUGAGCCAUCCUCCCCUCAGCAGCCUCCACUGCUUCCUGGAUAAUUUGUCUGCCUUCCAACCCCUACAUCCUUUUGUCUGCUGAAACGUUUUGGUACUAACAUCUGGCGUCAUUACGAAGUGACACGACUAUACGAGAUCACACCUGUUAUGACAGAUGCUGAUGUGUGAUUGGAGGAUGAAAGGGAAGAGGGUUUUAAUUAUUUGUCAAGUCUGACCUCACUGGUGACCAUUUAAAGAUGUUAUUAAAGUAUGUGUGGGCUUGGAAUGGGGCUAACCCGAGCCAACGUGUCAUGUAGGAAUAAUCUAGUGAGCCAUAACCAAUCCAGCUAGCUAGCUCGUCAGUCACAAGAGACUAUCAUAGGAAUGACUGUAGUUACAGUACAUGACUACAGUAUGAUAUUGUCUCACUAUCAAAUUAUAUAAUCUCCUGAGUUCUGCCCAGAGUCACCUGUAUGCAGGUGUAGAGAAGUUGGCUGCACGCACACACACGCACACAUACAAACACACACACACACACACACACGCACUUACACCCUCAGUAUGGCUCUGAUCAGGUCUGGUCCAGCUGGCUCACAGGCCUAAGCCUGUUCUUUAGGCAGCAUGCCAGAAGUUGUUGUGACACUUAAUUUCAAUGAACCGGUUACACCUUGACCAGGCCACACCAAAUCCACAUAUAGGAGACCACUCUAAUGAAACUCAGAGGCCUACCAUCUGACUGUAGUCUUUACACAACCACUCAGAGGCCUACCACUUGACUGUAGUCUUUACACAACCACUCAGAGGCCUACCACCUGACUGUAGUCUUUACACAACCACUCAGAGGCCUACCACUUGACUGUAGUCUUUACACAACCACUCAGAGGCCUACCACUUGACUGUAGUCUUUACACAACCACUCAGAGGCCUACAACCUGACUGUAGUCUUUACACAACCACUCAGAGGCCUACCACUUGACUGUAGUCUUUACACAACCACUCAGAGGCCUACCACCUGACUGUAGUCUUUACACAACCACUCAGAGGCCUACCACCUGACUGUAGUCUUUACACAACCACUCAGAGGCCUACCACCUGACUGUAGUCUUUACACAACCACUCAGAGGCCUACCACCUGACUGUAGUCUUUACACAACCACACAAAGCCUACACAUAUCAGAAAGAGCUGACUUCCUUCCAGGCCAACUCAGGUGUGUGUGUGUGUGUGUGUCUGUGUUUUUGUGUAUGUGUGUGUGUGUGUGUGUGUUUGAUUUGUGUGUGUGUGUGUGUGUGUGUGUGUGAUUUAAGUACAUUUACAUUUACAUUUACGUCAUUUAGCAGACACUCUUAUCCAGUGGUUUAUGCUUCAUGUUUCACUCUCUUUCUCUCCCACCCUCCUCACUAUCGCCACUCUCCACUUGACUCCUCCCCUCCCCAGGCACAAGCCCCCAUGCCCCGGCCAACGUCCACGCGGCGGUCUCCACCACCUGGGCCAACGUGUCAUGGGAGGCUGGCUACGAUGGCGGCUUCGAGCAGACAUUAUCAGUCUGGUACGGCCAUG